UAAUGACAAGAAAAUGCGCACUUUGUGGGAAAAUAGGUCACAAUUCAAGAACCUGCGCCACUCAGAAAGGGAGUGAUUUUGUUGGUAAAUUUAGGCUAUUUGGCGUGCAACUUGACUUAUCUUCUUCUUCUUCUUCUUCUUCUUCUUCAUCUUCUUCACCUUCUUCUUCUUCUAUGAGAAAGAGUUUAAGCAUGGAUUGCUUGUCAUCCUCUUCAUCAACACCCUCCUCUUCAUCACCAGCUUCUCUCCUUACCAUGGAUGAUCAUCAUAUUUCUGAUGACCUCAAUAUUGCUACAAAUCAAGAAAGAAGAAAGAAGGGUUUGCCAUGGAGUGAGGAGGAGCACCGGAUGUUUUUGUUUGGGCUGGGAAGGCUGGGUAAGGGAGAUUGGAGGGGCAUGUCCAGGAAUUUUGUCACAACAAGAACUCCAACCCAAGUAGCCAGCCAUGCACAAAAAUAUUUUCUUCGUCAGAACCGCCUCAACAAAACAAAUCUCCGAUCCAGCCCCCUUUUCGAUGUAACGGCGAAGCUCUAGAGUCUAGAUGUAUGCAUUAUGCAUAUGCAUGGAUUUCCUUUAAUUAAUUAUGGAUUUUUGCACCUUAUUUUGGAAGGCGAUCGACAGGGGAGAAAUUAAUCCACAUCUUACUAUUGGUUAGUCAAGCUUGUGUGCCAUCUCACAUCUGGGUUUUCGCCGGAUCGGAUCGGAUCGGAGGAUGCCACCGGCCGGAAGAAAUAGUACUUGGGGAAUAACGUGUACAAAUAUAUCUAAUAAUUAUUUUUUCAGUUCAUGUGUGAAAUAGUCAUCUUUGGGCGUUGAACUUUUACCACGUUAUAGCAGCACGUACGUGCUUUAAUUAAC